AUUGGGUUCAUUAAUAGCUCCAGUUAAAUCAAAUUUUUACGAAUGGAAAGACUAAAUCCCACAUGCCUCCCUCAACUUAAAACCCACGCCCGUACAAAACCAAACCUCGUCUUUUCUCAGGCCUUCAACGACAUCAUUUAAAUGGACAAGCGCCUGCGCCUAUAGCUGAAUCUCUCGAGGAUAAGGUGGAUCGUUUCAAGAAGACUUUAAUUGAUUUUUCUAGCUUAAAUUACUAGGUUGUUCGGGAUUAUGAUGGCCUUAUUGACUCUGUUAAUGCACUUGAGCCAGAGAGAUUCAGAGGCUAUCUGAUCAGCAGGUGAAUUCUGAUUCGUAUUUGAAGUUCAAAAAUGAAAAUGGUCAAAGUUUACACCUCUCGUGAAAUGUUGGGAUGGAUUACGCUGGUGAGAAGAUAUUGUUCAAGUGAACCAACGAGAGAUGUUUCAGUUACGAGCAAAAAAGUUUGUAAAAUCAUGAUGUCAUCCUCUCCAGUGGUGCUUGAUACAGCUCUUGAUCAAAGUGGGUUACGGGUUUCGCCGGAGGUGGCAGAGGAUGUUCUUAAGCGGUUUGAGAAUGCUGGUAUGUUGGCUUAUAGAUUUUUUGAAUGGACAGAGAAGCAGCGGAAUUAUAUGCAUACUGUUAGGGCUUAUCAUACCAUGAUUGGAUCUUUGGCUAAGAUUAGGCAGUAUCAAAUCAUGUGGAAUCUUGUGAAUGCGAUGAAGAACAAGAGCAUGUUGAAUGUUGAAACGUUUUGUAUUAUCAUGAGAAAGUACGCAAGGGUUCAGAAGGUGGAUGAAGCAGUUUAUGCUUUUAAUGUCAUGGAGAAGUACGGUGUGCCACCAAAUUUAGCAGCAUUUAAUGCCUUACUGAGUACUUUAUGUAAGACUAAGAAUGUGAGGAAAGCGCAAGAGAUUUUUGAUAAAAUGAAAGAUCAUUUUGUGCCGGACUCAAAAACUUAUAGUAUUUUGAUUGAAGGAUGGGGUCGUGCUCCAAAUUUGCCAAAGGCUAGGGAGAUCUACAGAGAGAUGGUUGAUAUGGGUUGUGACCCGGAUAUUGUGACUUAUGGUAUAAUGGUAGAUGUUCUAUGCAAAGCUGGCAGAGUGGAUGAAGCAAUUGGAAUUGUUAGGGAAAUGGAUUCUAAUGGUUGCAGGCCGACUUCAUUUAUUUAUAGCAUUUUGGUCCAUACUUAUGGGAUAGAAAACAGAAUUGAAGAUGCCGUUGACGCAUUCCUAGAGAUGGAAAGAAAUGGAAUCAAGGCAGAUGUGGUUGUGUAUAAUGCUCUGAUUAGUGCUUUUUGUAAAGUAAACAAAUUAAAGAAUGUGUAUAGGGUAUUAAACGAGAUGGAUUCUAAGGGUGUGGCACCAAAUGCAAGAACUUGCAAUAUCAUUCUCAACAGCUUGAUAGGUCGUGGAGAAACUGAUGAAGCUUUUAAGGUGUUCCGCAGGAUGAUCAAAGAAUGUGAACCAGAUGCAGACACGUACACAAUAAUGAUAAAGAUGUUUUGUGAGAGAGAUGAGUUAGACAUGGCAUUUAAAGUAUGGAAGUACAUGAAAUUGAAGCAGUUUAUCCCUAGCAUGCACACAUUUUCAGUUCUCAUAAAUGGAUUAUGUGAGAAGGGCAAUGCUGCUAAGGCUUGUAUUUUACUAGAAGAGAUGUUAGAAAAGGGCAUUCAGCCUUCAGGUCCAACAUUUGGGAGGUUAAAGCAAUUGCUUAUAAAAGAAGGGAGAGAAGACGUGCUCAAAUUUCUUCAAGAGAAAAUGAACCUCCUCAUCAAGGAGCCUUUGUAUGAUUGAAGAAUUCUUCCUUUUUAGUUGUUGAGAAUUCUGGAUAGAUGGAAUUGGAAUACCUGAUUACCUCAUGGAAUUAAGGUAACUUUUCUGGUCUGACACAUGUAAAAGGAAAGAACACUUUUGCACUUCUCUUUUGUUUUCACUCUCUUCCAAAAGGUUUCAGUCUUGCUAGUGGAUGUGAAAGUAACUGAAUCAAACUCUCCAUAGGUUUCGCUGUAUACACUGCCAGCUAGGGGAAAAUGUUAACCCGAUUUGUAACUUAAAAGAAUGGUUCAGACAUUAAUGCUUUCUAAGAAUGGUAAUGCUCUGUUAGUGGUGCACAUGUCAUAAUAUUCAUUUUAUGCAUCAUAUGCUGAUUCAGGAAUUUAGUCACAGCAAUUCAAGUUUUCAUUAUUUGAGAACCGGCAUGGUUUUUGUGCUUCAAAGCCUAACCUCGCUGAUAUUUCAAGUGGACACAGUUAUUGUCAUGAACUUUUAUUAUUAUUAUUACUAUUAUUAAUAUAUGUAACUGUUUACAUUUAUUUGAAGGUCUAAGAAAUGAAAUAUCUAUUGAAAUGAAAUAUGAGAUGUUUCCGAAAACUCUGAUAUUCAGAGAAAGACAGACUACAACAAGGAGAAUAUGUAGCAGGAAGCAGGAGUAAGAAGCAGGUUUGACUCAAGUUGUGUCUAUACAUUGGUAAUCGAUAAAAACAGAGGAAACAGAGGAAGUGGAUUGGCAUUGUUUUUUGGGCAUGCAUAUGGAUUUCAUGGACUGUUAAGAGCACGUUUGGGGUCUCUUGAUGCCAUGGGUUCUUUCAAGAGGUAAAUGAAUUAAUCAGCCCUCUCAGUGCAAGUACUUUCUAAGUUCUUGUGUUUUAGAUGUGAAAGAAAUCAGUAGUUAAGGCAAAGCAAAGAAUCAUAUAUGCUGCUUUCACUGUUAAUACUUUGAGUCUGGGGACUUCUAGGUCUGAUGAUGUGAUUUUUGCCCGUUUUGCAAUGUCAAUGGGAGAAGAAAUGAAGUCACUCGUACAAUAACUUGUUUUCUUCCAUUGUUUCUUUGAGAUUAUGUGUAAUGGUGUUUAGGUUUUGAAAAUUUCCUUAUAUUGGCUUUUACUGCUUUCAUUUUCUUUUCAUUAUCUUUGUUUGUAUUGGGAUUUUUGUGAGAUUAUAUCACCAGUGUGUCAAAAACUAAAACAUGUUUGUAAAUACCAUAUAUUGGCUAACCGUUCCUUACAUGCAUGAACUGAAGCUGAAUUGAAAGCUGUGAA